GUGUCUGGAUGUCUCGGGGUGACGCGGAUACAUUAAUAGCAGCUCACUAGCGCAGCGGCCUUACUGUGACACUCACACAUCGGCUUAGUCUGUACUGUAGCCCCUGCAACAUGGCACCCGCAGAAGAUAUCGAACGGUUUGUCAGCCCUGGGAAAGGCAGGGGAAUGCAGGCUCUCCGGGACUUUAAGCUCGGUGAGUUGCUCUUCUCCUGCCCGGCCUACACCAGCGUGCUGACCGUGAACGAGAGGGGUAAUCACUGCGAUUACUGCUUUACCAGGAAAGAAGGUUUGUCAAAAUGUGGCAAAUGCAAACAGGCCUUCUAUUGCAACGUGGAUUGUCAGAAGGGAGAUUGGCCAAUGCACAAGCUGGAGUGUUCUGCUAUGUGUGCCUUUGGACAAAACUGGAAUCCCUCAGAAACUGUAAGGCUGACUGCAAGGAUACUAGCCAAGCAGAAAACGCAGACAGGAAGAACAGAGUCGGAGAGGUUACUGACAGUUAAGGAGUUUGAAGCACAUCUUGACAAACUGGACAAUGAAAAGAAAGAGCUCAUCCAGAAUGACAUAGCAGCCUUGCAUCAUUUUUACUCCAAGAAUUUGCACUAUUCUGAUAACGUUGCUCUUGAGCUUCUCUUUGCACAAGUUAACUGCAAUGGCUUUACAAUUGAAGAUGAAGAGCUUUCUCACUUAGGAUCAGCUAUUUUUCCAGAUGUUGCACUGAUGAAUCACAGCUGCUGCCCCAAUGUAAUUGUCACAUACAGAGGAACAACUGCUGACGUGCGGGCGGUGCAGGAGAUUUCUGCCGGAGAUGAGGUUUUCACAAGUUACAUCGAUUUGUUGUAUCCCACAGAAGAUCGCAAUGACAGACUUAAAGAUUCCUAUUUUUUCACAUGCGAUUGUAAGGAGUGUUCGACAAAGCAAAAGGAUGCAGCAAAAAUGGAGAUACGCAAACUGAGCGAUGCGCCCAGUCCCCAUGCUGUACGAGAUAUGAUCAAAUAUGCUCGCAAUGUUGUUGAAGAAUUUCGUAGGGCGAAGCAUUACAAAACUCCUAGUGAGCUGUUGGAGAUCUGUGAACUCAGUAUGGAUAAGAUGGGAACAAUUUUUGAGGAGAGCAAUGUUUACAUGUUACAUAUGAUGUACCAAGCCAUGGGUGUCUGCCUUUACACACAAGACUGGGAAGGAGCUCUCAAAUAUGGGGAAAAAAUAAUCAAACCGUACAGUAAGCACUACCCAUCGUAUUCCUUGAAUGUUGCAUCCAUGUGGCUGAAACUUGGCAGGCUUUAUAUGGGCCUGGAGAGGAAAAAUGCUGGUACAAAAGCGUUAAAGAAGGCUCUUGCUAUAAUGGAAAUCGCUCACGGUCCAGAUCAUCAUUACAUGUCUGAGAUAAAGAAGGAAUUAGAACAGUAGAUGGAUCUAUUCAACACCUCCAUAUAAACAAUCAUUCAGGAAUGGAAUUGCUCUACAUGGAAUGUAGCUUAACCUAAUGGAGUCCAACAACUGGUUUAUUUAUAUUUUUGCUCUUCAAUAUUUAUUUGGAAAGACUCUUGAUGAUGAACUUUAAAAAGUGCUUGAGGAGUUUUUUUUUUUUUAAAUUGUUUCCAGAACGGGACCUGAAACUCUGCUUGUCCAUUUAAGUUUAUUGAAACUACAAAACUAAUGAUUGUUGGAUACCUCUUGUUGGCCUGCUUGAUGUUCAUAUUUGGGCUCCUGAAUGAAUGCAGCUUUUCCGUGCUAUGACAGGAUCUGAAAUGUGUGUUUCUUUUUUUCAUGCACUUCUUUAUGGUUUGUUUGGAUGAAAUGGUUUUGUUUUCUUUUAGAUUAAAUGCUUCUGCUUUUAUGCAAGCCUGCAAUGAAAUUCUACCAAAGUCUACCUGUAAGUUUUAUUUUAAAAAAAUGCUAACACCGUAAUGUAGUAGUAAUAAUAAAAUCACUUUAAAGUG